GAUGCAAUGAUGAAAUAAACGCGACUUUGUGGAGGUGUAGGGGGACGAAUAAUGAUUCUGUACAUCUUCGAUAAAUACUGAAGUAUAAAUAGAAGAAGUCAUUAUCAACGGUGGUGUAGUUGUUUCAAGUGAACACUGAUCAUGAAGGGAUUUAGGAUAUAUUUAUUAACUUCGCUGAUAGUAGCGGUCUAUGGAAGACCACAAGGUGAAAAGGAAAUAAAAAUAGUCAGUCAGACAAAUGAAAUAUCACCUGAAGGAGGAUAUGAAUGGAGUUACGAAACAGAAAAUGGAAUCAAAGCUCAGGAAACCGGAACCCUUAAAAAAGGAAAAGGUGGUCCAGACGGAGAAGAUGCUGUUGUAGCCCAAGGUUCCUUCUCUUAUACCGAUAAAGAAGGAAACCAGAUUUCUGUAGUCUAUGUUGCUGAUGACGAAGGUGGUUUCCAACCUCAAGGAGCCCAUCUACCAACUCCACCACCAAUUCCACCAAAUAUUCAAAAAGCUUUGGAUUGGAUAGCUUCUCAACCUUCCACAACAGAAAGAGCCGGAAGAAGAAGGAAAUAAAGACAACAAACACCUCACCACAAAAAUCAACAGGACUCAUGACAUUCUGUAUAAGAAAAGCGAAAAUCUAUGGACACAUAGGCUGAGCAUUCGUUUUAUACCUUUUGUUCAGUUGUAAAGUGUAUAUAUAUAUUAUUUUAUGCGUUAUCUCUUUCUCAUUCCUUUUUAAUUUCCUUUUCUUUUUUAUUCCUAUGUUGUUGACGAUUGGAUUUAUUCAUCGUUGUUUUAUUAUCCUUUUUUCUGUGAUAACAUUUUUCAAUCGUUGAUAUCGGAAGUCUAUGAACAUUGCAUGAUUAUGGAUAUUUGUGAAUUAUUUGUAUUUUAUCAAUAAAUAUCUUGAGCAUCA